AUGCAACAAACGCUGGUUCGCGAGGAAUAUUCAGGCCAUAGUGGGGUUCGCAUGGUGGACCCUACACGCAAUUUGGUGUUGGUCGGGGACGCGUCCCGCCAUCAUGUCGGGCCUGAUAUGAACAUCAUCAGCCCUUCGACGCAUCAAGUGUCGAUUCCGAUUUCAACUCCCGUAUCGGCUGCUCAUGGAAGCGUUAUAACAGCAUCAGUUCUCGAUAACCGAGCGUCCUGCUGCCCAACAACCUGUGAUGCAAUUGAUCCUGAGGUCAUUCCCUCUUCUUCCGGACAGCUGAUAGAUAUACAGAAUGGCACGCAACAGGCUGCUGCACCUGAGGAUGUAAACCCAGCGCCUUUGUGCGUGCGUCGAACGGCGGUCCCUCUUGAAUUGACGCGAGCUCUCACGAGACAACGCGUGCGAGAGUCUCGCGACAGGCGGCAUCGGUCACGUAUUCCACCGACGAUACCCUCGACUGAACCAAGGCCAUCGGAAUCGGCAAAUCAUCACGGUCCUGCCACUACAAGUACGUCUGUACAAUGUCCUUUCGUGUUUCAACAGGCCGAUGUAGGGAGCUCUAGCGUCGAAUCUCAAGAUAGCUUGGGUGAUGAUGCUACCUUACCCGCCGCUCAGCCUCGCAAUGAGACCUUGCAAAGCUUCAUCAACUCUCUUCGACAAAACACUGGAUGGACCCCCGACUUCCUCGACCCGUAUAAACGUGCCUACGACCAGAUUUUUAAGGUCUUCUAUAGCUCUAAGUGUAAUUGUACACAUCGGGUUGAGGGUGACGUGGCCGGGCUCUCUGACUCUCUUCGGGAGCGCGUCGAGCAGCUUCGACAGUUUAUUCCUCCUCUGUCCACAGUGUUUGGUGAGACGGGCUCUUAUGAUCCCAGCAGCUCUUUCCAGCAGUGGAAAAGCUUCCUUGCCGACGAACCGAUCCAGCCACUUUCAUUUAGCAAAUCAUCACAGGCUUUUUGCCAUCCCGGUCAACCAGCGCUGUCAUUGUCUAGGCAAUGGGACAUCGAUAGCAUCUGGUUUGGGGCAAAAGGCCUUCAAGCAAUCCAAUCGCCCAACAGCUUUAGGUUGUCCUUUCUUCCCUCUGCAGCCUUGAACAUAUCCAAAGAUGAGAUAAUUCAGCCACACGGACUGGACCUGGCAAGGACACGACAUAUUAAACUUGGGACAUUCAACGCACACAGUGUACCAUUUUCCGCGUUUGUCUUCUUCCCGAACGCUGCAAAAGACAUGACGUCAUCAACUCAGAACGCUCUGUCACUGGAGCGCCAACAAGAUCUCUAUGAUCAUGUCAUCAUUCCGGCAGCUUUUGAAGCAGUACCCGAUCCUUGUCGGCAGGAGUUACCGAGAACGUAUGAAAUUGCAUAUGCUAAAUCUCGCUCUUUCCAGGAAAAACCUGGAAAUAACCGUUGGAAACCAGGAGACGUGAACAGAGCUGUUCAUCUACAGUACACAAUUCCGGCAGAGAAUCUUGCGCAGUUCUGGAGUCUGAUAGUCGAAAAAGCGAAUUCUUUCCGAUUGACCACAAAAAGCGGCGUAAUGGUGUCCUAUUUCAGGGAUCUCAAGCUGCUGUUUCAGUCUCAUGACCUGAAGAAUACGUUCGGGAGAGCGACACUGAUCGAAAGCCUACAUUACUUUCAGGCAUCUGUUCUCCAAGCCUUUGACCCUGUCCAUCUGGAUAUCCGUUCUUGCUGGAUUGAUAUCGGGACUCGUGAUUAUGUCGCGACACCUCCAUCUUCUAGCCAAGUGAUGCGAGAACCUUACACUCUGUUUUGGAAGAGUCAGUGCCAUCAUUAUCUACAUGAGCAGUUGUCCAGAUGUGCACCCACGUCCCCGAUGAAUGCUCAAACUUUUCAGCGGUUUUUGCUCCGUGACCUUGGAGAUUACCAAGUCAAAGCGAAGCGUACGCGAGCAUCGGACCCAGGCCACCCAGAUGAGCGCAAGCCAGGCAUUAUUCGUGCCAAGGCAUACAGCUGUCACAAAGAAGUCUUCGCUGUCAUGUUCAGUGAAUACGAAUUAUUUGGCUCGGGGCUUCUUCCCCUUCUUGCUUUGAAUCAGAGUAUGAUCAGCGAUCUUUCAUCGGCCGAUCAGGGCCGUCAUCAAGCACCAACCUUUCACGUCCAUCGUAAUGCUCUAUCGAAGGCUUGGGAUGCCAACAAACGUCAUAUCAAAGCUGCCAUGGAUGCAAGAAACUCAACAAACUAUGGCAUCCGUAAAGAGAUGACAUUUCGGCUUGACGUGAUUCUCACAAUGUGGAAUGACGCAGACUUGCGUAUUGUGAUAUGCUAA